GUCCUGGCUGGGGCCGCGGAUGGCAGAGGCUCUGCCCCGAAGGCGGGGACGGGGGCGGGUCGAGUGCGACGCCACUUGAGGCGUCGGUCUAAUGCCGCUACACCCCCCAGGAGCCGCACCACUCCCCGCAGAACUGGGGCCUUGGAUUCCAGAGGGCAACAGGGGAGAAAAGAGCAGUCCCGCCUCUCUGCACAGGGAAGCACACUGCAGGCAGAACACAACUCGAAGGUUCCUAGCAGCGACCCCGAAUCCUCGCAGAUCAGUACCUCCGAAUCGUGGAACCAAAAAGUGAUCGCGACCUACUCCGAGUUUUUCGCUGCCUCGGUGGGCAAUGUGGAUUGGCUUCGGUUCUGUGUGAAUCCGGAACGCAAGGAGGUCGUAGUCGACGACAAGGGGUUCACAGCCAUCCACUUCGCAGCCCAGAAAUGCCAGCUUUCCUGUCUUAAGGUCUUGAUAGAGGAGUACAAAUAUCCUGUGGACCUGCCCACCAAUAAAGGCCAGACGCCCCUGCACCUAGUCAUCCAUAAAAACAACAGGUCGGACAUUAUCCCCUGCGUUGACUACCUGCUCAAGAAAGGGGCAGCCAUCAACUCGCAGACAUGUAACGGCUCCACACCCCUGCACCUGGCUUCUAUCAGUGGCAUUCUGGGAUGUAUUAAGCUGCUGGUGCAGAAUGGAGCCAAUGUGCACGCCCAAGAUGCCAUAGGCUUCAAGCCCAUCGACUACUGCAGACUGUGGAACCACCGUACCUGUGCCCGGUUCUUGAAGGAUGCCAUGUGGAAACAUGAUAAGAAGGUCUUUGCCCGAGAGAUGGAGAGACUGAAGACUUUGAAGAAGAAGCUGACCAUUAUGGAGUAUCGCUACCUGACUGAGUUUCAAAAAGAACAGCAAAUUAUGAGAGAGGAUCUUUUCAGAAAGUGGCUCCAAAGCAAGGUGCUGGCCCGGACCCUGGGCUCUGCUGUCUCCAAGCAAAAUGCUAGUGUCCAACCUUGGUCAUUGGCCUCCAAGACUUUAGAACACCAGAUUAUUAAAAGCUUCCAGUAUCCAUCUAUAGAAGCUCAGCUGAAAAGCUUGCCCUCACCCAUGGUGCCACCCAAGCCCGUCUACAAGCAGAGCAAAAUCAGUCGGCCCAAGAUAUGGAAUUGUAGUGCUAACCCUUCCAGGCCCCGGAUCACAGAUAUUGGCCACCCACAGGGUAUACGCCUGGGUGUGCACCCAGAACCCUAUAAGGAGCAUGACUUCUGCAGAUUCCUGGAGAUGACUCGAAAUAAACUUGGGGGUGCAUGCCUGCGCACAGUGGACUGUCAAUUGGUGAAACCUGUACCCCAGCUGCCUUUUGAGGUGAUGAUCCGGGUGCUGUACCCAGGGACUCGACCCUACAGGAUGAAAGUGCCCCAGGGCUUCUAUGCACGUGACAUACUCAAAGUGCCCCAGAAACGGCACUUGGGAGAUACUUGUACCAAUACAGUGGCCAUGAGCCUACGUGACACAUUUGAUGAACCCUUCCUAGCUUCCCUGGAAGCUUGUCAGACUUGAGAGGCCUCACCCUCCAAGCAAGUUCUCACAUAAAGUUGUUCUGGAAGCUGUGGUAAAGGAGAAA